UUGGCCAAACAGGCUCUUAAAUCCUACUUAUUGUGCUUCUUCACAACCGAUUUUCUGUUUGCACACAUUUACAAUUUCUCUCCGUUUUUUUCUUUCUUCAUCUAUGGCCCAAAAAGAGAAGAAAUCAUCUCCGGGAAUUCCUUGGAGGACACGAAUUGCACUAUCCUUCGUCUCUACCGUUACCGAUUAUUCUCGCCGUCAAAACGGCACCGUUAACCGCCGGCUACUCGGGAUCUUUGGUCUCAAAACUUCUGCCAAUCCAAAUCCAGUUAACGGCGUUAAAUCCUACGACGUCACUGUAGAUUCUUCUCGCGAUCUCUGGUUUCGCCUCUUCAUUCCAACUACCGAUGAAUCUCGGAAUUUGAGUUCACUUCCAAUCAUCGUCUUCUUCCACGGUGGCGGAUUUGUGUAUCUCAGCCCGGAUACGAAGGCGUACGACGCCGUUUGCCGUCGUUUCGCGAGGAAAACCCCGGCUGUUGUUGUCUCUGUUAAUUAUCGGCUUGCUCCGGAACACAAGUAUCCUGCGCAGUAUGACGAUGGCUUUGAUGUGCUCAAGUUCCUUGACAAUGAGAAGAGCCGUGAGCUAUUGCCGGAAAAUGUCGAUUUAUCUCGCUGCUUCCUUGCCGGAGAUAGUGCCGGCGGGAACCUCGCUCAUCACGUGGCUAAGCGCGCAUCUGAAAUGACGUCCAACUUUGGCGCACUGAAGGUAAUUGGACUGGUGGCUAUACAACCCUUUUUUGGAGGAGAGGAACGAACGGAGUCAGAAUUAAAACUAGUAGACGUUGAUCCAUUGAUAUCAGUGAGAAAAACAGAUUGGAUGUGGAACGCGUUCAUUCCACCAGGUGAAGGAAUGGAUCGCGAUCAUGAGGUUAUUAAUGUUAGCGGUCCAAGGGCUGUUGACAUAUCAAAGCUGGACAAAUUUCCAGCAACGGUGGUAGUCGUGGGUGGUUUUGAUCCCCUUAAAGAUUGGCAAAGGAGGUACUAUGAGUGGCUUAAGAGGUCUGGCAAAGAUGUUCACCUCUCAGAGUAUCCAACUAUGGUGCAUGCUUUCUACAUUUUCCCUGAGGUUCCUGAAGCUACACAACUUAUUCUUGAGGUUAAGGACUUUAUCAAUAAGCAAUGCUCUAAAGUUGUGAAGAAUUGAUGUGCCAUGAUUCACUAACCAAGAUGUCAUAUCAUGUGUGUAGUAUUUGUUAGGGUUCUCAUGGAUAGAGCUUAAACAAGUAAAAUAGGCAUGUAUUCAUGAGGAUCCAUGUUUAUGUGUUGUAAUGUAAUAAACAAAUGGUUGUAUUUCAUUUCCUUAAUUUGCACGUUUUACCCUUCAAAUGGAUUGAUUAUUUUAA